UCCACAGAGAGAGAGAGAGAGAGAGCGAGCAGAAGCACGGUGCUGAAUAACGAGCUGUUCCUGUACGUGGCUGAUGAUUAGCAUGACGCGCUGGAAUGGUAUUCGGACUUCGGGUGUGAUCGUAGCUGAUAGACUCUCAGGCGGGCCGGGCGACUCCUCCCCAUCUCCUCCGUGACACUACUUUUCGGUUGUUGUUUAUGUUGGUUGUUUUUUUUUUUUUUUGGAGUGUGUGUUUCAGGAAGCAGAAGAGACAAAAACGAGCUACACUUUCAACAGAGAAUGGCAUUUUAAAAGUUAUCCCAAAGCGCUGAUCUCUUGAGACACACACGCACGCACGCGCGCACGAACACACACACACGCACGCACACGCACGCACGCGCGCGCAGCCUUGUGAUUUUUCCUACGAAGCGACCACGAGUACUGACACACAUCUAGCAGGCUGCAGAAAGGGAAAGGUUCUCUCUUGAUUUGGCCGGACUGAAACAUGCUCUAAGGGUUGCUCUACUGUUACACAAGGUCAGUUUAUUUUGCUCGUGAGAGCUGUCACUACUACUGGACGUGCAUGUGCUGUGCUGCUACUGCUGGGAGAGAGAGAGAGAGAGAGAGAGAGAGAGAGAGAGAUGGUUGCUCCGGUGAAGUUACGAGGCAGCGCCAACGCUUAAAGUCGAAACCAGACAUCCCAUGGACUGUGGCCGAUUUUUAUACAUAAGCUGCCCGGCAUUUUUACAGGUCUAAUUUCUUCUAUUCUGUGCGCAGUGCCUGAUUAUUAUUAUUAUUAUUAUUUUUUAAUAAACGAUCUUCUGGACAUUUUCCACAUUUUUCUACUCUAUGUUUGUCUUUGUUUAUACGAACCCGACAGUGCGCUGAGGACAUCGAGGCCACUGAUGUAAACACAACUGAAACGUGACUGAGAAAGAAAGCAAAGCUGAUAGCACAGCAGCACUCCCGCUUUGGGCUUUUUAAGAGAAAGGAAUAAAACGCAGAUCUCGGCUGUAAUGAUGCUGCAAGUGGAAAUGGUGCUGUUCAUGUGUGUGCUGCUGUGGAUGUGUGUCCUGAGCCAAGAGCCGAGCUCCAAGGUGAUGGCCGACCGAUACGCUGUCUACUGGAACCGCACAAACCCCAGGUUUCACCGUGGAGACUACCACAUCGAUGUCUGCAUAAACGACUACUUGGACGUCUACUGCCCACACUAUGAGGACUCAGUGCCUGAGGAGAGGACCGAGCGCUAUGUCCUCUACAUGGUGAACUACGAUGGCUACAGCACAUGUGAUGACACAGCCAAGGGCUUCAAGCGUUGGGAGUGCAACAGGCCACACUCACCCAAUGGCCCACUCAAAUUCUCUGAGAAGUUCCAGCUCUUCACACCCUUCUCCUUGGGUUUUGAGUUCCGGCCAGGCCGAGAGUAUUAUUAUAUAUCAUCCAUGGUUACAGAGAGUGGAAGAAAAGGUUGUCUUAAGCUGAAAGUUUUUGUCAGACCAGCAAAUGACACCAGUCACGAAUCAGCUGAACCAUCUCGGAGUGAUACAGCUAAUUCAGGGCAUCAGCCCCUGAUGGCACGUGCACUGAUGGCUUUCUUGUUGUUCUGCAUCUCUGCACUUCUCACCUUAUAGCCCUGUAUGUCCUACCUGCAGACAAGUCCCAGCAGCCCCCACUGCUCCUUGCCCAAGCAGCCCCAAGGCUUGUAUAGGCAAGGUCUCCAGGCCACAGGAUUCCUCUGAGACUCUGCAGGAGCACUACAUUUGGCCCUUUUUCCAAAUAUUUAAGUGGUCCUUUAUCAAGAAGAAAAUAUUGAUUAGUAGUGAGGGAGAAAGCUAAUUUGGCCUUUAGAAAAUCAGCGGAGAACUCAAUCAAGUUGUAACAUCACUUGGGAUCCAUGCCAAGUAGCCCAGUUUGAAAAACUGUGGUUUUAAGUGGUUUUUAAUUAAAAUAAAUAUGUAUAAAUGUCUACAUAAAGGGUGUUCCCUGGCACAGAUUUAUGAGACAUUGAAAGUCUAAUUGUCUGUCUGUUCCUGUUGGCUUUUUUUUCCCUACCCCAUAAAAAUUUGCAAGGAUCAACAGAUUGUCAAAAUCUAAAUUUGAGUAAAACUGUGUAUGUCCUGAUGGCUGGAAGUCUGGAGAUUGGGCUCCAAGCGGAAAAUGGCUGUGUAUGUAUGUUAAUUGACAUAAUGUUGAAAUGGAAAUGAGAGAGAGGUAAAACAUUUAUUAUCUGCAAUCAAGGGACUUAUCUUAGUAGACCACAGCAUUAAAACAGUGCUUUUGUAUUUUGUAGGAUAAACCUACUGCAGCAUAAAUAACUCUAUUUUUCCUGUUGGCUUUUAUCUAUUGAUAUAAAAUAGCAACAUUAACAAAUCAUAGAAACUCCUGGUCAUAAUGACUGAGUAUGCAGCUCUGUAUAUACAGCACCACAAGAGACUGCACAUGGUUGACGUUAUUUCCCCCUAAUUUUCUGGAUGGAAACAUUAGCACCUCUUGCACUCAGCUUUGCAAAUAAGAUUGAGAGCUAGGGGAAAAAUGUAUGUAAGACUAAGACUGCAGAAGCAUUUUAUUUUCAACUGCAUUGAAAUGUUCAUUAACCCAUGUAAAGUGCCCACAUAUUCUUAUACAACAUUAACAUUAACUAUGACACCAAAUUUCUUUGUGAGCCUGCUCUUUGCCUUUGCAUGGCAGCCUUAAAUAUAAAAUGUGCUUUUGUCCGGCCUGUAACAAGUAGGCUCAGGCUUGAAUAAGACCAGCGCGUGCCCAGUUACACCUCUAACUAUUUCAAUUUAAGUGACUCUUUAAUGAGGUUUCAAUUUGGCUGGCAUGCAGAGCCUAUGCUGUCUGUAUUUGUGGUAUUGAAACUAGAAGGUUAAUUGCAUGGAUAGUACUGAGGUGACACAUUUCACUGGGAAUUUUUUUAACCUUGCAGUCAGAGUGUUCUGUGUGGGGUGAGAACACGAGCAACAGGUCAGACUGAGAGGUUGUGGUGGUGAAGGCAUGAGCAAUUAAGUACUUGGCACAAUAAACAAUGGUGGGAACUUUUAAAAAGGUCUGAUAUUUUGUAAUUGUGUCUGCUUUUUCAAUUCUCAGUAGGCCUGUAUUUUCCCCUCUAAUUUUUCUUUCUGGGGUGCUGGAGAGGAGGUGCAUUCCUGUUAAAAUUGUAACUGUUUAUGCAGAAAGACCACUUGGGGUGUUAAACUAAUUCAGAGGAGGAAAAUGCCACCACAUGUGCUUAAUUUCAUGGUCCAAAUCCAAAACUAUGGAAGCCUUUAGAACUUUAAUUCAAUAGUAUUUGUAUACCUACCAUUUAUACACUUGAUUAUAAUGGUUACCAUACUUUAUACACACUUUAAACCAGGAAUCAAUGCGCAAUUACAUGGAUACCGUGUAUCCUAAAGUAGUCAAGAUGUCAUUAAACAACCACGAAAUACAUCACCAACCACAAUUAUUAUUAUUAUUAUUAUUAUUAUUAUUAUUAUUAUUAUUGAUAGGCGAAAGCUGUUGUAUAUAGUGUUUGAUAUGGAGGUAUUCAUUUGAUUAAAUCUUUUCUAAGAAAAUAUCUAAUAAAGUGAAAAAAGAUUUCUGAAGAACUGAAGUGAGUGAAGUGACACGACCGUGAUCUUCAGAAGCCAAUGGAGUCAGUACAUAAACUUAGAUCUGUGGAGGGAAACCAACCGGCAUCCGGAGCAUUUCAUCUUUCACGUGCCUGUAUCUCCUCCCAUAACCAUCAACUGCAAGAUUCAGUCAGAGAGCAGUGGCGGAUUGUAUGUAACUGGAUUCGGUGGGGUUUUUUUGAGGGUUUUGUUGUCUGAAAGCAUUUCUUUUACAGCUUUUUUUUCCCAUGAAGGACUUGUCAAUUUCCUUAUGUGGCAUGCGCAUGAACUUGACAAUGAAAAACAUGUUAGAUCAAGUGUUGUUUUUGCUUGUUUUCCCCUCUGGUUUUUCUGUAUGACGAUGACAUAAAUUAUGUGCUUCUCUCAAAGCUUUGUCCAUGGAAAUGGGAGCAUUGCACAGAUGACAAGAUGAGUAGUUUUACCCACACUACCUAGCAGAAUGGAGGAUGACCAUAUAUCGCACUGUUAUGGACUGGCAGCAAGGAUACAGAGAUACAGCAAGGUUAUGUCUGCUUUCUGUUUUCAUCUUAUAAGGAAAAUCUCUUCUUCAUAAAAUAAUUUAUUUAAACCAUGGAAAUCAUGUUAUUACACAAUAACAACACUCACAAUGCUUCUUUCCCUCUUUGUGAGAUGCAGCCACUUUUGGUUGUCAAUGAGGUGGCCUUUCCUGCCGUAGUCCUUAAAUCCUUUAAAAUGCCAAGACCAGUGUUUGUACCAUCCAGUCAUUGGCAUCUUUGUUCUGAUUUGAUUUGUUGCUCAUUCAACCCUUACGCUUUUUCUCGUAUUCUGGGGAUAACUCAUUUGUACAUAUACUGUAUAUCAGAAGGCCCAUGUGCUCCUGUUGUUUUUUUUUGUUUGUUUUGUUUUUGUGAUUCUCAUUUGUCCUUUGCAUCUCUUGGUGCUGUGUAUGAUCAGCUUUCACAACUGUACAAACAGGAACAGAAUUUUGAAACAAAUAAUAAAAAUAAAAAAAAAGGUCUGUAUUUGUAUAUACAUGUGUCUGAGCAACUAUGAAUAAUGAUUAAAGGAAAAACACACUGCUUUGUUGUUAUGUUGCAUGCUUGUUAGCGCUUUUAAUGACAAAUAAUUUAGACCAGAUUAUUGGUUAAAAACAUAUGUUAAUUUUAGAAAGCUUGUCACUUUAUUAGUGUUACUGAACACGUUACAAAAAAAAAACUGCAGGACAAAACCUAUUAAAUCAAGCAAUCUUGUGCUGUUGGCAUACAGGUAAAGUCUACUUAUUUGUUGUAUUAUGUGUAAAUAGUAUAUAUUAUAUAUACAUGUAUACACAGUGGGAGAAAUAAGUAUUGAACGUGUGAAAUUUUUUUUCCAGUAAAUAUAUAUCCAAUGAGGCUAGUCACAUGAAAUUUUCACCAGACAUCAGUAUUAACUCAAGAAAUCAAGAAAUAUAAAGAAUUCAUAACAUUAAAGUCCAUAAAUAAAGUUGUGUAAUAAAGUGGAAUGACACAGGAAAAAAGUAUUGAACACACUGAGAAAAAGUAGUUCUCCAAAGCAAGGUAAAGCAAGGAACCAACUGAAAUCCAUCCGUAAUUAUACCUACAAUCUAUGCAAAUUAAUAUCAGCUUGGUUAGUAAAUUGAUGGUCUAAAAAAGGCUUUUCCUUACCAAGGUGUCACACAAGAAACAUCUCAUGAUGGGUAAAAGCAAAGAGCUCUCCCAAGACCUGCGCACCCUUAUUGUUACAAAACAUAUUGAUGGAAUCGGAUACAGGCAUAUUUCAAAACUUCUGAAUCUGCCAGUAAGCACCAUUGGGUCCAUUAUCCGCAAGUGGAAGCAGCAUCACUCCUUCAUCAGCUGGCCACACACAGGAACUCCUUGCAAGAUUUCUGACAAGGGAGUCAGAAGAAUAGUCAGAAGAGUAGCCCAAGACCCAGGACGACUCGGAAAGAGCUCCAGAAACACUUGGAGGCAGCAGGUGCCAUAGUCACAGAGAAAACAAUAGGCAAUGCACACCACUGCUCACACUCACCCCGCAAGACUCCAUUACUAAAGAAAAGGCAUGUCGUUUAAAAUUUGCUACAACUCUUUUGGACAAGCCUAUCUGGUCAGAUGAGCGCAAAAUGUAACAUUUUGGCUGUCAUACUACACACCAUGUUUGGAGAAGAAAUGGCACUGCACAUCACCCUAAAAACACUAUACCAGUAGUGAAGUUUGGAGGUGGAGGCAUCAUGGUGUGGGGCUGUUUUUCAUCGCAUGGUACUGGCAGACUUCAUAUAAUUGAAGGAACGAUGAAUGGAGCCCUUUACCAGAAGAUUCUUGAGAAGAAUCUGAUGCCAUCCACCAGGAUGAUGAAGAUGAGACAUGGGUGGACCUUCCAGCAGGACAACGAUCCAAAGCAUACAGCAAAGGAAACUCAAUUGGUGUCAGAAAAAAAAAAAAUCAAGGUGUUAGAAUGGCCCAGUCAAUCACCUGACUUGAAUCCACUUGAACAAGAUUUAAAGACAAUAUGUUUAGAAGAAUGGGCCAAAACCACACCUGAAUACAGUGGCUGAUUAAUUUCUUCAUACAGGAAGUGUCUUGAAGCUGUCAUUGCAAACAAAGGCUUCUCCAGUAAGUAUUAAAUAAAUUUCCGAUAGCGUGUUCAAUACUUUGUCCUGUGUCAUUUCACUUUCUUACACAUAUCUUCAUUUAUGGACUUUAAUGUUUGGAUUUCUUGAGUGGUUUCUUGAGUCUGGUGAAAAUUUCAUGAAUAGCCUCAUUGGAAAUAUAUUUACUUAAAAAAAUGCACGCGUUCAAUACUUAUUUCCCCUGCUGUAUACAUAUAUGAGUAGUCAAAUUUAGUUCACUGCUGGAAAAUUCGACAGCAGGCUAUUUUGUAAUGGAAAAAUAAAUCCACUCAUUUCAUAUGGAUAAAAAACAUGGACAAUGUAUUAAAUAUGCAGAAAUGUCAAGGGUGUUAAAUGAACUUUGUUCACAGUGAAAUUUAAAAUGUCUGUGAAAUUAAAUUUGGCUUUUCAGAGCC